AUGAAGCAAGUGGAAAGUUCUAAAAGCAAAGGCAACUGCGUUGGACCUGUCGCGUCGUGCCCCCAGCACGACAACUGCGACAAAGGCAAUGAAGGAGGAGGGAGACUCAAAAGAGAAAAAAUAAAAAACAUUUGUAACAAGAUAAAUCACCUCAAAAGAACAGUGUGUAGUUCCACUGACUACUUUAAGUGUGUGGAAAUAUUAUUUCAGAAAGCCGGAUCGAAAUGUGAUGUCCCCAAGAGAAGGAAGAAGCAUGCCAAGUGUGGGGAAGGGACUGUUUUUGCCUCCCCAGAGAAGGGCAUAUUUUUUAAGGGCAAAAUUAACCACCUCGAUUUGUUUGACACCCCGAAGUUGUGCGCCUUUUUUGAAAAGCACGCGACAGAAGUGGUCCAGGGGGCGGUCCACGCGGAAGACCAUUUUGCAAAGCACAAAGAUACAUUAACGAAUGGAAACCAAUUUGUUUGCUCCUUAAGAGAAGAACCUUUAUUUGUACAGAAGACUCGAUUACCAAGCGGAGGGGAAGUACCUGUCCAGACAUUCCGACUCACCGGGAAGGACUCAAAUGGUUGUAACAAGGAGUGGGACAAAUUUAUAUGUAAUGCGAACAGUACUUGUACUACCAAUUAUGCGCAUCAGUCGACAUGGAUGAAUUCUGGUGAGCUUGCCGGACAGAGCUUCACCAAGGAGGGAAAGACAGAAGCAGACAACGCCCCACAGGAUAACAAAAGGAAGAACAAGCAUGUGAAUGAUGCAGGAGAUUAUUGUAGCUUCAACAAGAGAAUGAAAUUAAGCGAAUGCGAAAGGGACGCAAACGCAAAUAGUGUUUCACAUGAGCAGUUACAAGUUGAUGCUGCUCACUUCGCACCAGGGCAGCACGGGAAAUGGAACGAUUCACCGCGUGGCACGCGCAUGAAAUGGGUGAUGCAGGAUGUACCCACUUCUUACCUCCAACAGAGAAGCACAAUCACUGAAGAAGGGCCUGCCCGAAAAAAAAUUCUAAUGCUAAAAGUUUCUAGCAUCAUGUUCAACCAUGAGCAGGGAACAGGGUUCCAUUUGAGACCUGGAAAUGGUGCAUUGAAGAAAGGGAACCAACUCAUCACACCGGAAAAUCUUCUUGAGGGAAGAAAGUCUAAUCAGUGUCAUGACGGUAAUGCUGCUCAUAUGAUACCUGUACCCACUGAUGAAGCAAAGUCAGGAUUGACCAGAAAGUUCUUUACAGAUGAUGAGUUGGAGGACGAACUGCAAAUCAAGGAAGACAUUCAAUUCGUAUACAAUUUGUUUUGCAUUUUGGCUGUACAUAUGAACUCUCUCUUUAGCAUGUGCACCCAACUGCUUCGCUACAAUUUUUCUGACCUGGGUUGCGAGAACAACGAGUUGUCCAGUGAGUCGAAGAGGCUCAUUAAACUUAUACGUGAUUACCAGAGGGAGGAGAGAUUCGUCAUUCAAUUUGCGAAAUGCAUUUUGAGCGUUCGUCGGGGGGGAGAAACAUACAUAGGGAAGGGGUCUAACAAAGAUAAUUCUCAACGUGGCUCAAAACCCUCACGCAGAGGAACCAUAGCCCACCUUGAAAUGAAGACCCUGAAGAAGAUAAUCAAAACUCUCCUCAAAUGGGAACAAGAGGACGAGAACAUUCAAAUCAUGUUAACACAGAACAGAGUGCAGAACCAAGCAAACACAUUUAAAAUAGAAAUAAUGAAUCAUCGGAUGGUGAAACAAAACCUCGACAUGAGGAAACUCUAUUUUUGCAAGUACAACGGUGAGCUGUUGGCCUUUUUAAAGAGACUCUCCACGGUGCAUUCUCAAUCCAAUUGGGGUUCCACUGAGGGGGAGAAGAAUGACGUAGAAGGGAUUCACACAAGAAUGGACAAAUUGGAAGGCGACACAGCACAGGAAGUAGCACCCCAAAAUGGUGUUAAUGUGUACGUAAAGUGCGUUGCCCCAAUGUGGAAGACCACAAAAGGGGAGACCGGCGAAGGGAUAAGGAAAGGGAUCGAAUUGAACGAAGAUGCAGAGAAAGAAUUAGGGAUGGGAUACAAAACAGGGUUAUGUAAAACUACGGACAUUUUUCAUUCCACUAAUGAAAGUAAUGAUGGGUGUUUUGGGGAGGACCAAUUCGAAGAGGGAGCAGACAACAAUAAUACCCCCUUGGAAGUCCUCCCAAAUGGGCAAACCAACCUCACCACGAACCAGGUGAGCGUCAUGCUCUAUCUGAACAAAAUAUUAACAAACGAAAUUAGACACAGCGAAGAUUUACGAAUUCGUGCAAAGAGGGAAGUAGAACAAACGGAGAUUCUACUUUGGGAAGUGAAAAGGUUGCAAGAAAUGUUAAGAAGAAGUGGUACCGAUGUGAAGAAUAGCAGAACCAGUGAAAGGGUUCUAUACAAAAUGAUGCAAAUGGAAACAAGAAGUGCAGAGUUUUUCUCUCACCAGGAUGGAAAAGAUAUGCACUUAAUGGAGCAAACAACUUUCGAUGAGAAUGAAAUGGAUCAAGCCAUUUGGAGAAGGGACACCGAAUUAUUCAAUGUAACAAAUGAUGCCCAUGAUAUGGGAGGAAAUCCCUCCUGUUACGUUUCAGCGGAGGGGGACAAAUGUGUGAAGAACCGUUUAUACCACCUCGAUGAUUGCACAAAGGGGGACCUAAUUACAACGCUACCCCCCAAUGACGGAAACAUAUAUAAGGUGAGACACAUGAUUGGGAAAAUUUUUGAUCAGUUGGUCAAGUUCUACGUGAACAAGUCAUACGCCAAUGCUUCCCAUCCGUGUGAUAAAGAUGUUACAUCUAAAAUAGAUGUAGAGAAGAAGGGGGGACAGCAGAUACUGAAAGAAUCGAUUGAACCCACGGAAGGAGUUAAGAAACUUAUCGAAGAAUUAGACAAGGUGAAGAAGGAAAAUUCUCAAUUUGCAGAAUUUUUGGAGAGAGAAAAAAGGCUAGCUGCCCAACUGGGUCUGGAAGUAGAAAGGCAGAACAAAGCUCUGAUGGAGAUGGAGUUGCAGUUGGAAAGUGAACGGAAGCGGAACGAAGAAUUGAAGGUGCAUGUCGAGAGGGAAGAAUUGGUGAACAACGAGCUUUUGUCUCAGAUGGAGGAGGAGCGCAAGGUGGGCUCCGAGGCCAAGGAGAAGCUGGCCGAAUUGGCGGCCGAAUUGACCGAAGUGGCGACCGAGUUGGAGAGGGAAAAGGAGAGAAGUGACUCAUUAGAGGCAGAGCUAGCGGAAGAAAAAGACAAAAUAAUAUCACUUGAGACGGAGUUAGAGAAAGAGAGGGGCAGAGUAGCUUCCCUUGAAACGGAGUUGGAGGGUGAGAAGGACAAAGUCGCAUCGCUGGAGGAGGAAAAGGAAAGACUUAGCGCCAUGAAGGAAGAGUUACAAGCCGAAAGGGAAGCCAGCGCAUUGAUGUUCGCUCAGAUGGAGAAACAGAGGGAGCAACUAACACAGCAAGAGGAGGAAAUGACAAAAAUGAGGAAAAGGUUGGAGGAGCAGACGGAGAAAAGUGACCCCUCUGAAGUGAGCCACUCGAGUGAGGCCACGAACGAAUUGGGGGGAGACAAAAAGGGUGUAUCCUCACUAGGAGAGCAAAGUGAUAAAGAAAGGAUGAAGCAAAGUGAUAAAGAAAGGAUGAAGCAAAGUGAUAAAGAUAGGAUGAAGCAAAGUGAUAAAGAUAGGAUGAAGCAGAGUGAAGGGAAAAAACUGGAGAGGGUACCCCAAUCAACAGACCCCAUGCAGUACGGACAGCUAUACGAUGAGUUUGUGGAAACCAUGGUUGAGAAGGAAUCUCUGGAAAAAGAAAAUGAACUCAUGAUGAAUCAUUUUAAUGAACAGAUAGGAAUGCUUGGAGAGCAAGCCAAGUAUUUUGACCACAAGAUAAGGCACUAUAAAAGUUUGUGUGAAUCGUAUGAAAGGACAAACAUGCAAGUAGGUCAAUGCAUGAAGAGGAUGGAGGAAAUGAUUAAAGAGAUUGAAGUGUGUCCCGAUCUCAGUGAUGUUAACUUGGAAGAAAAAAUAAAUAAAAUUAAAAAAGUUGCAAAUGAUAUGAAGGAUACAUAUGCAAUGGAGGAAAAAGUCGGCACAGAGAAUCUCCUCUUUGAUGAAAUCAUAAUGGAAAAAAAUAUACUCAUGAAAAAAAUUUUACAUUUGGAGACUGAAAUAGAAAGUCGCAUGGGGCAGACAACGGGUGAAGGACAAGUGUGCAAUCGAAUGGAUCUUCCAAAUGAAGAAAUGAGAAAAUAUAUGGAAGAAAUGAAUUUCAAAUCAUUCAACGAUCUCUUUACUUUUCAUUUGAAUAUCCUCAAUGAGCUAAAUGUUACGAAAGAAUGCUACAACCAACUCGUGGAGGAGAAUCUAAUGAAGGCGAGGGAAUAUCAGAGUGAGAUUGCUCGUUUGAAAAAACUGGUCAAGGACAAGGAGUUCGAAAUUGGUGUCUCCGAUGAAAAUUGCAAAUCGCUUUUACUCGAGGUGGAAAAUUUAAAAUUCAUUCUAAAUGACUUGUUCUCGUGUGGCGGUGGUCGGGUGCGCGCCACUCAGGAGAACAACUCGCCAGUGGUGCAGGACUUGCCUCCAUCCGUGCAGGAGAUAAUAGAGCACAAAUUGUCUCCACACAUGCGGGAGUUGUCUCCACACAUACAGAACAAAGUGGAGCAGGAAUUUCCUCCAGCCGUACAAGAGAGAGUAGAGGAAGAAUUGUGUCCAUCCGUACAGAAGGAAGUGGAGCAGGUAUUUCCUUCAGUGGUGCAGGAGUUGUUUCCGGCCAUACAGAACACAGUGGAGGAAGAGUUGCCUCAAGCCGUGCACGAAUUGUCUCCAGCCAUGGAGCAAAUAGUGGCGCAGGAGAAAGUGGAGCAAGAGUUGUCUCCAGUGGUGAAGGAGGGAGCAGAGGAAGAGAAAGUGGAGGAGGCCUCGGUUACCUCUGUUCUGGAAGAGGAGUCCAUCGUCGCCCAGAACGCGUCUCAUGUGGUCCCCAGCGAACCGCAGAUGUUGCCGCGGGAGGUGUCUUCCGUGGCGGCCCCUCAGGAAGAUGCCCCAGCUGGAGAUGUCUUAUCUUCGGUGGCCUCAAAGCCCGCCAACGACACCUCCCUGCAGAACAACCCCGUAUCGGCAGACAGCCAAAAUGGGAGAAACGCCCGAAGCGGAAACGCCGCCGCAAAUGCAAAGGGAAGAAGGGCAACGCCUAGGAAUAGAACCACUAGGGGGAAAAAAGCCACUAGCAAAGGGGACACCAAAGAGGACGGCAAAGGAGCGAACACUGGGGAGAGGCAAAGUAGGACAGAAACAAAAACGAACAAAGGCACGAGUGGAAAUAAAAACAGCAGAGGGAACAAGAGCAGAGCUGGGAGCAAAAGCGUCCAAGCGGAAAGCGGCAACACGAACAGCGGCAACGCGGGAAAGGGCAACGCGGGAAAGGGCAACGAGGGAAAGGGAAACACAGGAAAGGCAAACACAGCAAAGACAAACACAGGAAAGGGCAACGGGCAAAAGGGACAACGCGGGAAGCGACCUGUUCGUAAACGAUAG